ACAGGCUUGUGAUCCAAGGGAGCCAUCAACUGGACAAUUACUGACAUGACAACAAAAAAGCUAAGUACAGAGGGGGGAACAGAGGUGAAAAUACUUGCUUUAAAGGAUUGUAAUGUUUCCUUUUAAAAUAAGUCUCUAAGGUCAGACAAAGGGACAGAAACUCAUAGCUUUCUACCAGCCCAAUGACAAAACUAUAAGUUGUUUUUUAACAUCUACUUUUUCAUCUAUUUGGCAGUCACAGUGAAAAGUAUAAACAUUGGCACGCUUUGUCUUGUGAUUCUGCUGUUCGUAAAAAAUGACCAUGCGCAAAGUACCAGACUUUAAGGCUUUGACUUGAUGCCAAUGGCCUGAGGAGGACAGUAUUACCCUUGGACAUGUGUAGUCUGCCGUCUACUCAAUAGAAGAAGAAGAAGCGCGGAAAUGGCACAACUGUCUUCAGUUUCUGGGAGAGUUUAACAAUGAGAGACUGAUGAUGCAGAAGAAAUCUCCGUGGUUAAAAACAUUAAAAACAGUCGUCCAGGAUGAUGAGAUCCGCCACUGGCUCAGACUGCUGUAUAUCAGCCGGAGACCCGAGAUGAAGUCACGCAGCAGUCCCACAUCAACAUGAAGUGUAAGGAGGAGGAAGAUCUGGCUGGCCAGCAGGUCUGGAAGCAGGAGAGGAACUUCAAUCUGGACCAGGAGGACACAGAUCCCCCACAGAUCAAAGAGGAACAGGAGGAACUCUGCAUCAGUCAAGAGGGAGAACAGCUUGUAGUGAAACACGAGGAUGAAGGCAUCGUCGUCUGGAGCGGGGAAGAGCGGCUCAGACAGCUGCAUAACAUCUGGAAACCUGAGAAAGAUUUACAGACCAGCGACCUCCACCAGCAAACUGCCUGUAAGGAGGAGGAGUUUGUCGCCAAUCAGCAGGAGAGGAACUCAAGUCUGGACCAGGAGGACCCAGAUCCUCCACAGAUUAAAGAGGAACAGGAGGAACUCUGCACCAGUCAGGAGCUGGAGGAGAUUGUACUGAAGCAGGAGAUCAAUAGUUUUAUGGUGACUUCUAGUUUUGAGGAAAGUGACCUCAGUGAAUCAGAACCAAACGAUGACCAGCUCCUUGCUCUUAACUUUCCUGAACCAGAGCUUGAGGAACAGGAAGAAAACCAGCAUGUGGACUCGGGAUCAACUAGAAAUGCGGAGCUGAAGAAAAGGAGACGUCACAAAAACCGAACAGAUAAGUCUCGGAGUGAAACUGAUACAAGUAAAAAAUCUGUAAGCUGUGACACUUGUGGAAAAACUUUUCAGUGUAAAUCCAACCUGACGAGACACAUGAGAGUUCACACAAGUGAGAAGCCACAUUCUUGUAGCACCUGUGGGAAAAGAUUCAUUUGGAAAUCAGGAUUGGAAACUCACGUAAGGAUCCACACAGGUGAGAAGCCGUAUUUUUGCAUCACCUGUGGGAAAAGAUUUAAUAAGAAAUCCGGAUUUGAAAGUCACGUGAGAAUCCACACAGGCGAGAAGCCGUAUUUCUGUAGCACAUGUGGGAAAAGAUUUGGUAAGAAAUCAGGACUAGAAACUCAUUUGAGAAUCCACACCGGUGAGAAAGCGUAUUCUUGCAACGUCUGUAGGAAAGAGUUUAGAGACUUGUCGACUAUGAAAAGUCACAGAAGGAUCCACACAGGUGAGAAACCAUAUAUUUGUAGCUCCUGUGGGGAAAGAUUCAGUUGGAAAUCAGGACUGAAUUUUCAUCUAAGGAUCCACCUGAGUGACAAACCAAAUCACUGCAGCACCCGAGGUAGAAAAUGACCUCAUGCUCCAAGUCACGGUACAUUUCCUGUCCACAGCAGUGAAGGGCACUCUAUGUUGUUUGUUCCAGCCCUGACUUUAUGUUUCUCUAAGUUUGAUAUUUUUUUAUUGGUCUUUAAAGGUGACACAAAUAUUUAUUGAACAUGGAUGCUCUUUUAAUAUUUACCACAGAAACUUGUAUUUCUUCUUCAGUAUAGAAGAAAACAAACAUGAAAAUGAGUUUUUCAUCACUUGUUCCUUGUAACAACCAUGAUGUGAUUCCUUUUUAUCAGCCAAUAAAUAAGUUUUGAUACACAGGACUAAAGAUUUAAAAAAAGUUCAAGACAAGUAUACAAUUUUUAUUUAAAUAUGUUUUCUUUGUGAUUUAUGUUAAUGAAGGUUAUACUUCAGCAUGGCUUUGACCUGGUUGUCCUGGUUCUUCUUAGCAACAUGUUGCAAGAUUUGAUUAAAAUGUUUGUGACUAAUUUUGUGUAUUGUGUAAUCCCUGCUAAAUAAAAGCAGUUAAAUGUGCUAUAUUGGCUCAUGAUAAGUGUUUAUAUCAUUUUGCCUAAAUGCAAGUAAACUCAAUGUUUGCCAA